UGAAUUUGGAUUUUUAUAUGUUGUUCAUGUCAGCACUUCAACCCUUGUAAGUUCGCGUAUGUUCGUGCGGGCGCAUAUUCUAUGUUGCAUUUAGGAGACUUAAUGUUUAUUAUAGUUAUCCUUCAUUAUUGUACAAAAGUCAGCUCUUAUCAGAAUUUAAAACAAGACAGAUGUUCUCUCAGGAAUUAGUGUUUAAAUAUAAAUAUGGAACAUUGCAUUUAGCUCCCUUUAAACAAAGGAGGGAAGAGAACGUGGGAAUCACUAUGAAGAUGUUGGUGAAUAUGCUGGGCACGUUUUAACUGACCCUUGAGUAGUCAUUCUCUUUUAAGUAGUCCAGUGAUUUCUUUACCUCACAAUCUGCAUCGUUCAACACCAUGUCCCUUCCAGUUUCAGAUGCAGUUAUUCCUACCACAAAACACACAGUUGAAGUCGAUGUCCAUCUGACUACUGAACAUCCCCAUCAUUUGGAUUUUUCAACCUCACGAGGAGGUGCUCAAGAGGCAGAUGAAUUCUAUGACGAAGUUGAAGUAGAUGCCAAUAUGUCUCCUGAUCAUCCCUAUGACUUUGAGAAAGAGAGCCUGCAAAAGGAAAAGCAGAUUUCAGUGGAUCCUAUAUCCUUGCAAGGAUCAUCAAUGGGAAAGGCAAGCUUUAAACUAAUGUUGCCACCUCUACCACCUGCAAAAGGGUUCUUAAGUUGCAGCCUUCCAAACUCAGCCAAUUCAUCUCCUCGAUUUAACUCAGCUCCAUUGAAGAAGAAAUCAAGGGACGGAAGCAAAGAAAAUCCCAGGCAAGUCUGUAAUCUGGCACGCCAGCACUCGGCAGCAGAUGAUCAUGUGCUCACCCCCCUGCAACGAGAGACUUACUUACAAAGGAGCAAAUCGUGCUAUGAAGGAAGAGCACGUGCAUCGGCAGAUGAUUUUGAACUUUGGUUGACUAAACCAAAUUCUAUUGAAUAUGACAACAAGAAUGAUAUCAGCUUUUCCAUAACUGAACCCAACAAAGAUAGUCAUAAGACUACAAGGAGCAUGGACGGUGGUGAUGAGGAAUUCAAAUGUGGUGCUUUGUGUCUAUUCCUGCCAGGCUUUGGUAAGGGAAAGCCAGUGAGAGCAAAGAAGGAAGUAGUAGAUAUCGAACAUGUGGUGAAUAUCGAAAAUGUGAUCUCCAGGAGAGUUUCCUUGGAAAAAUUUGAAUGUGGGUCUUGGGCUUCAUCAGCCAUAACACAUGACAGUGAAGAUGACUCUAAGAGUCUCUACUUUGAUCUGCCACUGGAGUUGAUCAGAACCAGUGUUAAUGAUGCACACUCACCAGUCACAGCAGCAUUCUUCUUUGAUAAUGAUAAAAAAGGGGUUCUCAAGAAUGGCUCCGCAAGACCAACAGCCAAGAAAUCAGAUGAAUCGCCGCGCCAUGUUCGAUUCUCUCUAUCAUCCCCUAGAUCACAACCUACCUCACCGGCUUCUUGCAUUACACCUCGUUUGCUCAAGGCAAGGGAGGAGUUCAAUGCCUUCUUAGAAGCACAGGGUGCUUGAAAUGUUCUAACUUGUUUUGUAAUGCUGUAGCUCUUCAUUGUCAAGAGUGAAGAGCAUAAGCAAGAGUGAAGAGCAUAAGAGGCCUGGAUUUUCUUUUUUCCUUUGGUCAUUUUUGGAAUUCUGUUUCACAAACUACCACUGUCAUGGUUGUAUUAGCCCUUGAAGAGAGGGUGCGCAUGAUAUUUUGGAGUAGAAUAUAUAAAAUUAACUUUAAUAAUAUGAUUUGAACAUAGUUUCGGGUGCA